AUGCUUCGUACCCUGACCAGAGCCUACCACGGUGCCCUGGGGACGUCGAUCCGGUCGGCUGCUCCUGCGCUUUCGCCACUCGCCAAUAUCCCAUACCUCCAAGCCCCAAGGCUUGAUUCCGCCCAUGACCAAUCGCACGUUGGCAGCGUCCAACGCCACCUUCAGGACGCGGGCGUUCUGAAAAUCAGCCUCAACUUCGACGACAACGACUCCCACUACCUCACAAAUCUCAUUCACGGCCUACACAAAUGGCACGGCCACGGUCUUCCCAUCACCCACUCCGCCCACCGCGGCUGGUACUGGGAUAUCCGACCCAGCCAAACAGUCUUCCAAUGCCCCGACCACCAGGCCAGGUCAGAAACCAUGAAUGAGUUCCCCUGGCACACCGACUGCAGCUACGAGGCCUCCCCGCCGCGCUUCUUCGCCCUCCAAGUCUUGCACCCAGACCAAUGCGGCGGCGGGACUCUCUCCGUACUGAAAGUCGACAAUCUCCUCAAGCUCCUCUCGGAGUCGACCCGCGUCGCUCUCCAGAAGAAAGACUAUCUCAUCACCGUGCCACCCGAGUUCCGGAAAACAGAUAACAAGGACGAGUCCAUCAUCGGUAGUCUGUUAUCCCCCGACCCGGAAUCCGGGAGCCUGGCUCUCCGCUUCAGAGAGGAUAUCUUCACGCCUUUGACAGGCGAAGCUGGACUCGCGCUCGAGGAACUCAAGUCUGUUCUCCUGGGCCCGAAGGCACAGGCCGAGGUGGUGAAUCUCACGGCCGAGAUGAUGCCCCGCGGUUCCAUCAUCAUCAUGGAUAACAGGCGGUGGUUGCAUGGGCGCAACCAGGUCAAGGAUCCCCGGAGACACUUGAAGCGCGUGAGAUGGGAUGCUAGACAGUUUGGUCUUGAUUAG